UCUCGUACAUCGGAGCAGACUUUAACUGUGGACUGAAAAACUUGCACUAUUACGAGUAACUUCGUGGACUUCUACAGCAUUCUUAGUGUUGAGUUGUGGUGACAGGGUUAGAAGGGAAAGUGCAACACACUACAUUAUAAUCGUACUCCCUUGUCUGGACUCAUUGUGUGGCAGAACUUAUUUCUUUGAUUCCCGGGGAAAUAAACAUCGCUUAAGGACUUCAUGUCUGUUUAUUUUUCUAUUCACUGCCCUGAUUACUUUAGGUCAGCUGAGAUGACUGAGCUGAUGUUGAACUCUCCAUGUAUGGAUGAUAUUGGGCUAUCCCCUCGCAAGGAUGGGCUUUCUUAUCAGAUCUUUCCAGAUCCAUCAGAUUUUGAACGUUGCUGUAAGCUAAAAGACAGACUCCCUUCAAUUGUUGUAGAACCAACAGAAGGUGAUGUAGAAAGUGGUGAGCUUAGGUGGCCACCUGAAGAGUACAUGGUUGAAGAAUGCAAAGAGAGUAAUGAAGAAACGACCAAACAAGAAAACGACAAAGAACAAUAAAACUGACAAAACUCAGAUGAAGCUUUAGUAGUUUUUCAUCACAAGGGACAAAGAUGAUGCACCUGCUCUGAAUUUGGGUUAGAAACAAAAGUAGCUUGCACCUGCAAGAUCUGUUUUUGUUUGCUUGUGAGAACUUGAGCCCUCUGCAUGAUGAAAGAUUAAGAUUACUCCUGUAGAAAGGAAGUACAUGAAAUGAGGUUUUGCUGCUGAUCUCAUCAGAUUUUUUUUCUACAGACUGUAGAGGCAGCAGCAGAAACCAGUUGGAAUGGUGGAGGAAAAGCAGGCUGGAGAUGUAUUGGGAGGUUCUGCACAGUAAGGAUACCUAUGAGGUUAACAUGAGUGACACACUGUAUUGUACAUCUGUUUGCCUUUCUGUGUCAAAUUUUUUUACUUGCGUAUCAGGGUUGGGUAUGCAUUUCAUUGUGAAAUACCACUUCACUAAAAUUAAAAAUGGUGCUCUGGGAAGCUUGUAGGUUAUGCUGCCUUCUCGGUCAGGUCUGUAAUUCACACUGUCCUAGAUCUUGAUGUUAUAGUAAUAGGUAUCUGGUCUUGAAACCAACAUUUGUAAUACUGGUAUUGAUUAUGCACUGAGUGUAGUCCUUGUAGACAGAAACAAAGCUUUAUACAGCACUUAACUGAGGUCUAAAAUAAGAAACAUUGCUUCUGUUCUCUGGCUGUAACUACCAUGCUAAAUGGAGCUGAAAGGCCAAGUUUUAAGGGUUGCAUUCUUGGGCUAAAUUUUUCAUGAUGGGGAAUACAUGAGUGGUCCUAUGAGCCCUGUGGGGGUGGGGUGGAGGUUGACAUGCAGUUUGAAGAUGGUAAUUUUCUUAAUCUUUCUGGUGCUUCUACAAUAGAUCCAAACACUUGGGAAUCCUGUGUUUGUUGGCAACUCUAGAAUCAUUUGGGGACAGACCAUUUAGAGCUUGACACUCCUGUUUUGUAUAGUGGCAUGCCAUACCCAUGUGCAAACACUUUAGUUGCUGGCUGUAGCAAUCUAAUGCUCUGUCCCUGUAUGUAACUUUACAUUUUUUCCUGGACUCACAAAACCUCUUUGGAGAAGCAGGGCCUUCAUUCAUUUGAUCUGUGUAUCCUCUACCUGACAUCUUGUGUUACAAGCUGAACUCUUGUCACAUCAGUAUUAUGUGGCAUGGUUUUGCAAAGAUCUUGGUAAAAUCCUAAGUGCCUCCAUUUAGUUAACCUUGUUUUCAUUGUUUAAGCUACAUUGUAAUUUUAGAUGGGUCCUGUUUAAGCCUGAAGUAUUGCCUUGUUCAGAACAGUACUGAAGUAGCCAGUGCUAUAUGAAAUUGGUACCAUUCACAACUGUUAGAUGCCCCCUCACAUUCUGUAGUGCAUCUUUCCCCAUAGUAUUUAGUGCAUCUUUCCCCAUAGUAUUUCUAGUACUCCACUCUAAGCAGUGUUCAAUGGGCUGGAGAUGCUGCAAAAUACCAUGAAAAUGGACUGUAGACCUCAAUUUAAUGUGGAAUCAAGAUUCUUCUGCUGAACACCUUGGAUAGCAAUAAUGUCAAUGUCUUGUAGUGUCUGAGACAGAAGCUUGAGGAUUUCUUAGUUGCAUGUUUAAGGAAUGUGCAAAAUCUGGUAUCAUUUUACAGCAAAUUGGGCUUGUAAUCUUGAGUCUCGAAUACUUAUCGGAUGUAAUCAGCCUGUCAAACAGUAUCUGGAAGUCCACAAGACUUGUAGGACAAAAGGUUUUGUGCCUCCUCUCAGCCUAUGUUGCAAUGCAUUUGUUUCUGAAUGCAAGACUGACACUGGUCAGUCAUGGCAAUAUUUAGCUUGCAUGGCCAGUGUGUUGAAUUUGAUUACCCUCAUGCACGCCUUUGUCAUGUGGCUUGACUGCAGAAUUCAUCAGCCAUACAGCAGCUUUGCCUAAAAUGCACAUUGUUCUCAACCAGCUGAGUCUUCAUAGAGACUGGAUGUAAAAGGGGACCAUAGUUUGCACAUUCCUAGUGUUAAAAUGUUUAAUGUACAUUUCAUUGUAAUGUAUGUUUAAUGUAUUAUGAGAACAAAGCACUCUUGUAAAUUUGUGUUAAUAUUUUUUAUAAGGCUCAGGGAGACAGCUAGCAUUUUCUCAAACUGCUUUUUGUCACUGUGACAGUUGUAAAUAAAAGUUUGAAAGUA